UACUGCACAGGGUGCAGUUGGAGUCUCAGUCAUGGGGCACACUCGAUGGAGUAACUUCCUCUUUUCUCUGACAAUUGGUGUUUGUGUCUUAGUCUUGCAUCAAGUUGCUUCAGAAUCUGCUAAAUUAGAAUUUCCAAAAUGCUAUGGACUCAUUGGAAACGAUAGUAAAAACUGUGAUAAAGGAUCGGACUUCUACAGGGCACAAGCACAUUGCAGCAAAUCCAACUGUGGUACUGCACUGAAGCCAGAGGAGAAACUCACAUCAAAAUCACCUUCUCCGUGUACAGGCUUUAAUAGUGAAUAUCAUUGUCAAUAUAAUGACACCAACGGCUGUAAAUUGGUGUUUGCUGUUUGUUCAGCUGCACUUCCACAGCCCACUAUCUCACUGACACUUCCUAAUGGGAAGCUGGUUGAAUCAGGAGUUGCAGAAAUCCCCGGGGAUUCCAUACUUUCCUUCAAAUGCUCAGUGAACUCAACGCUCAACUCAAUUAAUUUUUUCCUGAUCUACAACAGAUCAAUCCUUAACAAAUCCAACCCAAUAACAGGCUUAGCUUCUGUUGACUUCCCUGUGCCUGAACACAAGGGCAACUAUAGUUGCAUGUAUCAAGUAAAUCUGAAUGGGACAUACAAGUCUAAAGAGACAGAAACGAUUAAUGUCCUUUUUACAGAACCAUGGUGGAAUAUGCUGCCCUACAUCUUGCCUGCUGGGAUCCUGAUGCUUCUCCUGAUGGUUUUCUUGGUUGUCGGUCUGGUCUGCAGGAGAAGACGACGAGCCAAAGAGCCGAUUCCUGUGGUUCUAAAUCAAAUUACGAUCAGGAACAGUUACGCAGAGGAUGAAGAUGAGGAUGAUGGGGAAAUGGACUACGUCAAUGUUGAAAAAAUGGUCAACAAAAGCCAGGGAGCCAGAAAUGGGGGUGAAAAAGAUGGUGGCGCACAUUGCUAUAAAACAUCUCGGUUGGAUUAUGCUUCUAAAGAGAGGAAACAGCAGAAAAGGCAAGACAACACCAGUGAUGAUGAGCACGAUUAUGAAGAGGCUGACCAGGGAUGUGCUGCUGCAAAGAGUAACGUAAAAAAACAGAGACACCAAGAGGACAGUGAUGAUGAGCACGAUUAUGAAGAGGCUGACAAGGGAUGUGCUGCUGCAAAGAGUAACGUAAAAAAACAGAGACAUCAAGAGGACAGUGAUGAUGAGCACGAUUAUGAAGUGGCUGACAACAGAUCUCCUGCUUCAGAGAGUGAUUCAGAAACAGAGUCAGAUGAAGAGGAGAGCAGUGAUGAAGACCACAACUAUGUCAACUUAGCAGAGGAAAAUGUGGCCACCAAUCUAGAUGAAUCUAAUAUAUAUCAAAACACUUAGAUGACAUCAUGAAGACAUUACAGCAUGUAUCUCAGUCACAUCUCGUACUUGAAAAGGUGUUGCUUCUGUAGUUUAGUAAUGUUGCAUUAUAGUGUAUAAACAGUAUAGUAAAGACAGAUCUGCCUUUACAGAAACGACCAAACUUUGAGUUUGGAGAAUGUCUCAAAAAGCUGAACUACAGUAUAUCCAUGUCAUUCCUUUGUUAGUGCAAACCUUAAAAAGGUUAGUGCAAGAAUAUGAUCUUAGUAAUACAGCAAACACUUUCGGAAACAUUGUGCACAGAUACUUAAUGUAGAGCCUCAGGUGGAGCACUCCAUCAAUGAGUUUAUUUCUCUAACUUUCUUAUGAAAAAGUUUGAAAUAAGCACAUACUUAGAUUUAUAUGUAGUAGGUUUGUGUAUGGUUAAGAGUUUUUGACUUUAUGUGGAACUCGAUAUAAAUUAUUUAAAUAUAUUUUUCAAAGACAUAACUCAACAUUUUUAUGACUUUUCCUUUUGAAUUGCAUUUUGAUUUGAGAUACCUGUUUAUUUUUAUUGCAUAACUGUGAGAAAGGUAGGAAACUCUAAGCUCGGGUUGUGUUUUGUCAUCGCUGUCUAGGCGUAGCCUGUUGUUUUCCUAAGCAACAGUGUUUCUUGCAAUUAAAAAAAUUGCAAGAUUCUAA